AAUGAAAGCUUUAAUUUUUGGUGGUUCAGGAGCAUUAGGUCGUUCAAUGGUUAAAGUAUUUAAAGGAUGGAAAGUGACAAGUGUUGAUUUCAAUAAGAAUGAAGAAUGUGACAAUAUUAUUAUUAAGAAUGCAAGUGAUAUCAAUUUUCUGAAAUCUGAAUUAAAUACACUUGGUAUUUAUUAACAUAUAUAUACUUAUAGAGAAAUUUAAUUGCAUAGUUUGUGUGGCUGGUGGAUGGACAGGAGGAUCAAUAAAAGAUGAAAAUGUUCUUUAAGUUUAUGAAGAUAUGAAUCAAAAGAGUGUAGUACCAGCUCUUGUCUGCAGUCAUUUAGCUACUACAUAAUUAUCAAGAUAGGGUUUGCUAAUCUUUACAGGUGCUUAUUCGGUAUUUAAUGCACCAACACCAAGUAUGAUUGGAUAUGCUUUGGCAAAGACAGCUGUUCAUACUCUAGCAAUUUAGACUGCUGUAAGUACUCAUUUACCAGAAGACUCUGCUGUAAUAACACUAUUGCCGUAUAAUUUUAUCAUAAUUUUUAGAGAAACUAUUGAUACACCUGCUAAUAGAUAAGCAAUGCCAAAAGAAGAUUUUAGCAAAUGGGCUAAUCCUGAUUAGAUUGCUGGAUUAGUAAGAUCAUGGGCUGAAGGUUUAAAUAGACCUAAGAAUGGAGCAUUCGUUCAUUUAAAAAUAAAGAAUGGUUCAAUUGCACCUGAUUUUCUUUGAUC